AUGCUUGCGCCGCGGUCGGCGACGAGCACGGCAGGCCCGCUUGACGAGCCUGUCUAUGCCUUGGUCGAGGACGCGUUUACCUACCAGGAUGGCUUGCCUGUCGCUUCUGCCAUUAGCGAGAUGGAGCCGUCGCCAACGUCGUCGCUGGGCGUGGUCGACCCGGCGGCAUCGAGCCUUGCCACUCCGCGACUGGUCCGCCCGACCGAAAUGACGUACGUUCGCAUCCCGCACGCCAAGUCAGUGCUCGUCGGGCCAGUUGAGUCUGCCUUUGUUCGUGUCGCCCGAACCGACGCCGCCGUCCGCGCCUCAUUCGCCCGGCAAGGCCGGCACUUGGCCUCGCCGCCUCUGCCCCCAAGCCACUCGCCAACCGUCACGCUCUCACGACACAAGACAACGGCGGCACCACCACGGCACCAGGCUCUCCAGCCUCCCGCCGCAUCGGUGUACAUCUUUCCCGACUCGCCGCAAGUCACGCUCUAUUUGCGGCGGUCCGGAUCGGCAAUGUUCGAGCAGGUGGUGCCGAGCCAGCCGCUCGGCCUCAGCCUUGGCGACGAGUUCACCGCCAGUCUCGGCACCCGCACAGUGUUCAAAGUUGUGGCCCAUCGGCUUGCGCCGCGACCGCAGUUCGCACUCCAGAGCCGUGGCCGCGGUACACGUGCGCUCAAGUGGUCGUCGUCAACACUCUCGAGGUACGAGGCUAGCACUGCCGCCGUCAGCGAUGCGAAGUGGGUAACCGAAGCCACCGGCGCAUCGCCGCUCAUCCUCGAGUCGGACGACAUCCUCGCUUCGUCGUCAGAUGAAGACGCGCCGUCGCGCAACGAUGCAACGACUGGGUCGCCGCCGAUAGCCGUCUCUCUCAAGAGACCACGGUCGCCGCAGCCGCCGGUCGCGCGAAGGGUCCGUCGUCGGACGCGGCGCAUCGUGCUGCCGCGGCCUACGCUUGUCCCGCGCGGCAGAGAUCCUCCACCGUCGGCAUCGUCCGGCAGCUCGUCAUCGCAGGGCUCCCCAGCAGUGGUGUAG